UCUAAAAAAUUAAAAUAGCAAACCCUAACCCGAAGCCCUUCGGGAAACCACAGCAAGAACGAAAGGGGAUUCAAGAUUCCCUCGACUUACCCUUCCGUCGUUCUCCCGAUCUCUCCCUCUCUCUUGAAGCCCGCUAUAGAUCCGCUUCAGUCUCUCCAGGUAAAGAGAAGAGAUAUUGGGAGUUAGAGAAAUGAGACCAAGGAAUAAAUGCUUUCUUGGGAAAUGAAUAGUGGGGGCUAUGAUAUCUAAGAAAGUUGCCUCAUUUGCAGAAGAGACGUGAUGGCUUCUGUCUCUAGUCAGCCCCAGUUCCGCAAUGCCCAACCACCAUCUAAAGUAAUUCAUCUGAGAAAUCUGCCAUGGGAGUGUACUGAGGAAGAGCUAAUUGAAUUAGGAAAGCCAUUUGGCAAGAUUGUCAAUACAAAGUGCAAUGUAGGAGCUAACCGGAAUCAGGCAUUUAUUGAAUUUGCAGAUUUAAAUCAAGCAAUUGCAAUGAUUUCAUAUUUUGCUUCAUCUGCGGAACCAGCAGAGGUACGUGGGAAAACUGUCUACCUCCAAUAUUCCAACAGGCAAGAAAUCAUCAAUAACAAAACUACGGCAGAUGUUCCAAGCAACAUAUUGCUAGUGACAGUUGAGGGUGUUGAAGCGGGUGAUGUCAGCAUUGAUGUUCUGCACCUGGUCUUCUCAGCUUUUGGAUUUGUUCAUAAGAUUGCUACUUUUGAGAAAACCGCUGGUUUCCAGGCACUAGUUCAAUUUUCUGAUUCUGAAACUGCAUCUACAGCAAAAAAUGCCCUGGAUGGUAGGAGUAUUCCUAGAUACUUGCUUCAAGAACAUGUUGGGCCUUGUACCCUGAGGAUAACUUUUUCUGCACAUACAGAUUUGAAUGUCAAGUUUCAGAGCCACAGGAGCAGGGACUACACAAAUCCUUAUCUUCCAGUUGCUCCAUCAGCUAUUGAUGGUAGUGGACAGGCAAGUCAACUGACACUUGGUAUUGAUCAGGAUGGUAAGAAGCAAGAACCAGAGAGCAAUGUUCUUCUUGCAUCGGUUGAAAAUAUGCAGUAUGCUAUUACCAUUGAUGUUCUUCACAUGGUCUUUUCUGCAUUUGGUACUGUUCAAAAGAUUGCUGUUUUUGAGAAGAAUGCUGGAUUGCAGGCCCUAAUUCAGUACCCUGACAUUCAAACUGCUAGGAUUGCCAGGGAAGCCCUCGAAGGACACUGUAUCUAUGAGGGAGGUUUUUGCAAGCUUCAUCUGACAUAUUCACGCCAUACCGAUCUAAAUGUAAAGAUUAACAAUGAUCGAGGCAGAGACUACACUGGAGGGAACACUGCCUUGUUGAACCAGCAGCCCUCGAUUCUUGGUCCUCAGCCAGUUCAAAUGCUUGGCGGGACACCUCCAUACAACAGUGGUCCAUAUCUACCUUCAAAUGCAAUAAUGGAACCUCAGCCUGCAGCAAGCUGGGAUACAGGAACUGGCAAAGUAUCUCCUUUACCUGUCCAACCGCAGAAUCAAAUGUAUGUGCAUCAUGGGGCUGUCCCUUCAGGUGUAGGUCCUCAGAUGGUGCCCUUGCCAGGUCGAGGAAGCCAGCUGGGCCUGCCGCCGCCAGGCAUGAGUCAUCAGAUGGUGCCACUGCUUGGCCAAGGCAGCCAACAAGGGGCCAUGCCGCCAGGCAUGAGUCCUGAGAUGAUGCAAUUGCCAUUGCCUGGUCAAGGAAGCCACCAGAGGGCCAUGCCUUUAGGUACGGGUACACAGAUGAUGCAGUACCAUGGUCAAGUAAGUCGACAGUUCCCCAUGCCGUUCUCGCUGCCUUACGGCCGUUGAGUUGAGCAACCUUCGCAAUGUUACAGUCUUCUACACCUGCUAACUACCAUUGCCCGGUCUUCAUGCACCAAGAUCUUGUUUGUUGUUCUCCUGUUACUCUUGUAAUUCUUCGUUCUUAAUGUUGUUGCGCAUCCCAUGUGUCUCGAAAUGGAUGCAUUGAACAGUGAUGCGAGUUGCAUGCACAAGACUCAUGAUGUAACCGAUACAAGCUUAAAUUGAAAGUUAAAAACUGAUCUCUCAUCAAGAUGUA